AUGGCCGUGGGACAGCUCUCUCAGGUUGAGCUCGAUGAGAUCUACGCCUUUGCGGUCGACCUAGGUCGCAAGGCGGGCGAUAUGUUGAUGGAGCGCGUUGAACAGCGCAUCUCCGGCAAUAAUGGCCCGCAAACGUUUGAGGAGAAGGAGAAUGCGGUCGAUAUCGUGACUCAGACAGAUGAGGACGUCGAGGUGUUUAUCCGCAAUGCCAUUCAGAGCAAAUACCCCUCACACCAAUUCCUCGGCGAAGAAACCUACGCCAAAGGCGCAUCUCGCGACUAUCUAAUCGACGAACAACCAACCUGGUGCAUCGACCCGUUAGACGGAACCGUAAACUACACCCACAUCUUCCCCAUGUUCUGCGUCUCCAUCGGCUUCAUCGUCCAACACAAGCCCGUAAUCGGCGUAAUCUACGCCCCCUUCCAAGACCAACUCUUCUCCGCCUGCAGCGGCCGCGGCGCCUGGCUAAACGAGAAGCGCCAACUCCCACUAAUUCGUAACCCCAUCCCGCCCAUGCCGGCUAAUGCACCCUCUCAGUGUAUCUUCUCCUGCGAAUGGGGUAAAGAUCGCCGCGACAUCCCGGACGGAAAUAUGCAUCGCAAGAUUGAGAGCUUUGUCAAUAUGGCUGCGGAGAUUGGGGCAAGGGGUGGGAAGGGCGGGAUGGUGCAUGGGAUGAGGAGUUUGGGGAGUGCCACGUUGGAUUUGGCGUAUACGGCGAUGGGAUCUUUUGAUAUCUGGUGGGAGGGGGGUUGUUGGGAGUGGGACGUCGCUGCUGGAAUUGCUAUCCUCCUUGAGGCUGGUGGACUCGUCACUACUGCCAAUCCGCCUGAGGACCCUGAUACUGCACCGAUUGGAGAUGUGCGAUUGGGGAGUCGUCUAUAUCUGGCUAUUAGACCCGCCGGUCCGUCAGAUACCGAGACUGGCCGCGAAUCGCAAGAGCGUACAGUGCGCGAGGUCUGGCGGCGGGUCCGCCAACUGGAGUACUCUCGUCCGGGCGCGUAG